CAUUCUCCACCACUCCCUUCGGGUUGUCACGAUGCAGUUGCUUGAUAACAAGCCAAACAGGAAGUGAUGAAGCCACAUGGGAGAGAUGUAAAGGUUUUAUCUGUUAUUGAGGAGACUUCCCCAUCAACCUCAAGCCCAGCAUUGUGUAGUGAAGGAAAAUGGAGCUUGCAGAUCUCUUGAAAUUUGUCUUCAUGGAAAUCAAUGGAACAACAGUAACAGUGGCUCUGCUGGUGAUCCUCCUAGUGUUACUCUAUUGGUACUCCACCUCUUCGUUCUCCAGGCUGGAGAGGGUGGGUAUCAGGCACCCUGCACCUUUGCCUUUCAUCGGAAACCUGCUGUUCUUUCGCCAGGGCUUUUGGGAAAACCAUACAAAACUGAUCACGGAGUAUGGACCUGUUUGUGGAUACUACAUCGGUCGGCGAAUGUACAUGUUGGUGUCCGAGCCAGAGAUGAUCAAACAUAUCUUAGUGAAGGACUUCAGCAACUUCACCAACAGAAUGACACCAGGCUUGGUUACCAAGCCAGUAAUUGACAGCAUUCUUUGUCUGCGGGAUCAGAGGUGGAAAGAAGUCCGGAGUAUACUGACCCCGGCCUUCAGCGCUGCAAAAAUGAAAGAGAUGACUCCACUAAUAAACCAAGCAUGUGAUGUCCUGCUGAGUAACUUGAAGGUGUAUGCAGAUUCUGGCAAGGCUUUUGAUAUCCAAAGGAGUUAUGGCUGCUUCACCUUGGAUGUCGUCGCUAGCGUGGCUUUCGGUACCCAUGUGGAUUCUCAGAAGAAUCCUGAUGAUACCUUUGUUAAGAACUGCAAAAAAUUCUUUGACUUUUCAAUGCUUAGGCCCAUCCUAAUUCUGAGUAUUGCAUUUCCAUUCAUAAUGAUCCCACUGUCCCGGAUUUUGCCAAACAAGAGUCGUGAUGAGAUGAAUGGAUUUUUUAUCAAAGCCAUUAAGAAUAUGAUUGCCUUGAGAGACCAACAAGAUGCAAAUGAGAGGCGCAGAGAUUUCCUCCAGUUGAUACUCGAUGCCCGCAGCUCUACUAACUACAUCGGCGAGGAGUACUUUGACAUAGUCAACCAAGCUGAUGUUUCCAUUCAGGACCAUAAGCCUCCUGUUGACAAGGCCCUGCCUAAAAAGGUUCAGAAGACAUUGUCUGACGAUGAGAUAGUAGGCCAAGCCUUCAUCUUCCUGAUUGGUGGGUAUGAGACCACCACCAAUGCCCUCUCCUUCGCCACCUACUUAUUAGCCACCAACCCGGAGUGCCAGGAGAAACUGCUGCAGGAGAUAGAUGAGUUCUCUGGAAAACAUGAUGUCCCUGACUACCAAAAUGUCCAAGAGCUCCCUUACCUGGAUAUGGUGAUUGCAGAGACACUGCGCAUGUACCCACCUGCAUUCAGGUUUACUCGGGAGACAUCGAAGGACUGCGUAGUGAUGGGACAGCAUAUUCCAGCUGGCGCUGUAAUAGAAAUUGCAGUUGGACCUCUACAUUAUAACCCUGAGUUCUGGCCAGAACCUGAGAAAUUCAUCCCUGAGAGGUUCACAGCGGAGGCCAAACUGCAGCAGCAUCCCUUUGCAUACCUCCCGUUUGGGGCAGGACCUCGCAGCUGCAUUGGCAUGAGGAUGGCUUUGCUGGAGAUCAAGAUGACCCUGCUCCGGAUCUUGCAGAAGUUCAGAUUUGAAACCAGUCCCGAGACCCAGAUUCCUUUGCAGUUGACAUCUGUAUCGUCAUUAGCACCAAAAAACGGAGUCUAUGUUAAGAUAAUACCUCGAUAGAGCAAAAACCCCAUUCUGAAAGCCUCCAAGGAGGUGAUCCAUUGCUCAGUGGCUCACUGAUAGAUUGGGGGUAACAUUUUCAAAAGUACUUAAGUGAUUUGAGAGCCUAAAUCUCAUUGAAAGUCAGUGGGACUUUAAAUGUGUGGGCCAAAAUCCUGCUGACUUUCAGUGAGACUCAGGCUCCUAAGUCACUUUUGAAAAUGGGACUUAAAUACUUUGGAAAGUUUUACCUAAGUUUUACCCAAGCACAUUACUGUGAAUAGUAUCUGAAAAAGCCUCCCACUUUUCAUCAGCCUUAGUGGUCAUAGCAGGGCCCACUUCAUUUCACAUCUACAUGGGAGUUUGUCCAGGCUCCAAUGUGACAAUCUUACCAGUCUGCACUUCCUCACCUUCAGUAGAUUUCUAUAAUAUGUUGAAUGAUAGCUUGUUAGCUAACACCUUUUAACAACAGCCCUUUGUCUCAAUAAACUCUGAAGGGCAACAUAUGUAGUGGUAACAGCAAGGACUAGGAAUCAGGACACCUGGGUCCUACUCUGAACUCUGCUAUUGACUGAUCUUGAGCAGACAGCCUAACCUCACUGUAUCUGUCAAAUGAAGACAAUGCUUACUCACCUUUUGUAAAGCUCUUUGAGACAUUUGGAUGAAAUAUGCUAGUAUUAUUAUCUAAAUUUUGUUACAAUGGAUUUAAAAAUAAUGGUAAAUGUCUGUACAGCACUUAAGUUCCUAUAAGCAGGACCAGACCAAAGAAUGUUGUAGACUGCUAUUACAUUUUGCAGCCUCCUUCAUUUCCUUUGACCCAAUGAGCUGACCAAGAGUAGUGCCAACUGAAAUGCAUAGAAAGGAAAAGUGUCGUGCCAUGCUGGGAAAACUCCUGCUGUGCCACUAUCUUCAGGUCAACCCUAAAAUUCCCUGAGUCCUCCUAAACACUUCAAACUUGUAUAUUCCAAGGUUCUCUAAAUACUAUUCAGUAACAUGCAUGAGCUAGUGCUUAAAGCCAAGGAUUGGGAGCCAGGAAAAUCAGUUCCAAUAGCUACACUAACUCCUGAGGUGACCCUGCAACAAGUCACUUCACAAACUUGUGCCUCACUCAACCCACAUAGGGAAAGAACAUGGGUGAAUGCUAGGCCCAGAUGCUGCCUGCAUGUCUUCACAGCCCAAGCAAAGGCAGCACUUACUUGAUUCUUCAGGACUGUUUGCCCACCGCAUCUGCAGUAGCUAAAACCAAUUUGUCCAUGUUUGGAAUUCUUCCAUAUUUGCGCAUAUGGAGAAAACUGUCUCUUCCGCUGCAGUUUUGGGGGGCGCAUGAUACCUAGAUAGAGGCAGAAAGUUUACUCCAUGCCCAAGCCUGGGGGGGAAAUUGAGAAAAAGGAAGAAAGUUGUCAUAGGCCCAAGUUUUUGUGUGUGUCCCUGUUGCAGGCCCCUGGGUCCUUGGGGGGCUAGUGGAGUGUCAUGGAGCAUCCUUCAAACUGGGACACUGACCAUGACAGCUGCAGCAGGAUUAGAAUUCCCACCAGCUUCUACUGCUGUCUUAAGCCUCAAGGAACUGUGUCCCAGAUCCUCAAAGAUAUUCCACUGAUUUCAAUGGAAGUCAAAGAGCCUAAACACCUUUGAGGAUGUGGGCACUUGUCCCUUCCUAGGCAGACUAGCAGCGCCGAUGACAUUACAGAUCACUAGAGGAAGUUCUACCCACUGAAGAAGGUAGGCCUCAGUUGGAGAGUGGGGUGAUAAAGAGGCAGCCUUCCAAGUUUUGGGGGGAGAUGUAUAUUAUUUUCUUUAAACAUAGGGCCCUACUUUUGUUUCCACUGCGCACUGAGAUCAUGAACAAGAGGAAAGGAGGAGGUUGGUGAAGUUUAUUCAUUUUGCCAAAAAUAUUAUUUCCUCCACUGUGAAAUUAAAUUUCCUCAAGUUCUAGCCAGCUGAGCGCUCAUGAGUACUUUUAUCAAAAGCUCACUGGGCUUUUUUAAACUUAACCUCAGAUUGCCCUUUAAAAAAAUAACACCUGUUGCUAGUUGACAUGUAGGGGAGGGAGGGAAAGCCACACUGGCUCUCUUUGGGAAUUGGGCUUCUGCUGCAGCAGCUUCAGCCGAGCCAGGAACCCUUCUUUUCUAAAGCUAUGCUAGAGGAAACACCAUCUCUCUUGCAUGGUAGACACAAAAACAGCUGCAAUAUAUUUUUCUGCUGCUGCGUGAAAGUUCUCUGCAGAUAAGGUACAAAUGAUAUUGAGUAAGGAGCUCUAUUUUAAGACUGCUGCUGCUCCAUGAUUUCCAUCUACAGUCUCUUGCUUGCGUAUGGCACAUUGAGACUGGUAUGAUUGGCACAUGCUGCUUUCAUCUCUUGCUGGUCAUUGUGACCACACUUUUAAAAUUCAUGCUCUCAGCUUCCUUACCAAGGCUUGUGUUUAUUUCUGUCAUGGAAUUUUCUUCUAGCUUGAGUUCUAGAGUAGUAACUAUGGAUUAUAGGCCUGAUAGUUAAUGCUCCACCUUUACCAUGCUGGAGUUUAAAUGACUCAAUGUGCCUAUGAAAUUAGCUAUUGAGUUAAUGGUCUUAUCUAAAAAGAUGUAGCAUGUACCCAUAUGCACUAUUUUGCCUCAUUUUUUUCAAUAGCAUAUUAUUUGUGGUUGUGAUUCUAAAUUAUACCUGUAAACUGGAAUAGUGUAGUGUCUCAUUGAAGAUUUUUCCCUCCAUUUGACUUAAAGAAAAAGUGUUUGUCCUUUUCUUGCUACCUACAUCAGAAAGUCAGCCUCCAAGUUUUCUUCCAACAGUGUUCUCCUGCUCCCCCCCGCCCGUAGAGUAGUAGGUCCUCCCUUUCUUCAUUUUUAAACACACACUUUAGAGCCAAAACCUCUUAGGUGUACACUUUACCACAUCACCUAUUUAUUGCCAUAUUUAUCCAAGGGACUGGAGCUACCACAACACGUCCACUGGAAUUUAAAAAAUAUUGUAAGAAAACAGAUCAGCAUAAUUGAUACAGUGCAUUGGGUUCUAAGGCAUGGAAACAGGCGUUACUGAAGGGACUUGGGUUGUCAGAUACUUAAAACUGAUAUGUAUAUUUUCAUUCAGAGCCACUCAAAUGCAGGUUAGUGGCUUAACUAAGAAUACAGUGACUGUCUUGCAGGACUUUUCAGCUAGCAUGUUAAUACCAGCUUGCCCGUUCUUGAAUACAGGGCUGGUUGCAAAGAAAGUAAGUGCCAGCUGUAGUGACUUGUCCAUUUUGAGGUAGCCAGUUUUUCCCCACAGGUGCAGGUUAAGCCAGAAUUCUGAAUCUGAAAGUUAGCCACCAUUUUGUUAAUUCUACUUGGAGGCAGUCAGUGUCUUUGAACUAGUGUGGCAACUAGAAGGUUAAGAGGGAAAGAGAAUGCUUCGGGACAAAUCAAGAGUCUUGUACCCCACUGCUUUCUUUUAAAUGGUAGUUGCUGGCCUGGCAACCACCAACUUUGUUAUACAACAGCACUUGAUGAUCCUUGCUCCACCACUGAUGAAGCAUGGUGGGGAGAUGAGCUCAUCUUUGCCAUCGAACUAUGCCCUGAGGGUCAGAAAAGGGAUAAUAAAUGACACUGCGAGCUGCCCUUCUGAUGUUGCUCCCGCCCCUCACUGACUUGAGAUACAGGAAGCUGUCAUUGCCUCAAGGCAGCUUUUCCAAUCCCGUCUGCCACUUUUCUGGAAAAGGGGAUGAGGGGGAAACAGCAGCCUGCCCUAAAGCUGAGCUUCCUAUCAAGACACACGAUAAGAGGAGGUGAAGCAGAGAAACAGCUGCUUGGCUGCCGAAGCCUGUAAGCGCACUCGUUGCUGGGACACAUCGUUGAGCUGAUGUGUUAGAAAUUUGAAAUCGUUUGGAACUUUUCCUCACGGUGCCACAGCAAAGAAGCCCAGCUGCACUGGCUGCUGCUGUGGGGGCAGGUAGAACUUCAGGAGGUGGUGGCUUCCCAUGCUGCUAGAGCAGGAGUGGGCAAACUUUUUGACUAGUAGGCCAUGAAUACUUGUGAAAUUGGGGUUGGGGUGCGGGAGUGGGUGAGGGCUCUGGCUGGGGAUGAGGGGUUUGGGGUGCUCCGGGCUGGGAUUGAGGGGUUUGGAGGGGGAUCAGGGCUGGGGCAGGGGGUUGGAGCGCAGGAGGAGGUCAAGGGUGCAGGCUCUGAGCAGUGCUUACCUCAAGCAGCUUCAGGAAGCAGCAGCAUGUCUCCCUUCCCGGCUCCUACAGCUUCCCUUGGCUGUGGUUCCUGGCCAAUGGGAGCUGCGGGGGCGGCACUUGGGAUAGGAGCAGUGUGUGGAGCCCCCUGGCUGCCCCUACACAUAGGAGCCAGAAUGGGGACAUGCCGCUGCUUCCAGGAGCCGUGCGGAGCCACAUCAUGCAUGGAGCGGGGCAAGCCCCUGACCCCGCUACCCAGUUGGAGCUCAAGGGCCAGAUUAAAACGUCUGACAGGCUGGACACAGCCCGGUGGGCCAUAGUUUGCCCACCCCUGCACUAGAGGCUGAUAGGUCUAGUUCUGCCUCAAUGCUACAAACAGGCUGAACUUCCCAUUGUAAUGGAACUGUGGCCAUGAGCAUGAGGGCAGCUUAUUGCUCCCAUGGCACUAUAGUUGGAGGGUCUAUAAAAGGGUCAGACUGAUCGUUACUACUUGGAGCAGGGACUAAUGUUUCAGGUGCUGUACUCACAUUUCACAAUGAGAUGAUCCUGAUCAGGGCCCGCUGGCACUCCUUAAAGUAACAGGGAAAGCUACACAUUACCUCUUUGUUUAUAGAUGCAAGGCUAAAAAGUCAGUUUACUUCAAUGUAUCUUUCAUCUGUGGCUCAGAGUGAUUGCCUAAUAUUUCAGGUUUAGCACACUUGUUUAGAGAGAGACACCACUUCAGCAAGGAAAGAAGUGAAUGUCUAACUUCCCUAGAGAAAGUAUAGAUGCUUUAUGCCUUGCACGGUCUGGCUGCAGGUUUGUUUUAAAAUUACAUGUGACUGCUUUAGAAGAGUCUUUGCUUUCUGUCAUCUGUCUGGAAGUGACUAGGACCUAACAAUGAAACAUCUUCAGGGAAUUCACAUUUUCCAAUCAAUGCUAAAAGCUGUAACUUUAAAAGUGUGUUUUUAUAUAACUGUAUUGGGAUAGAGAACUUUGGCAAUGUAGUAGUUCACAGAGCACUUUUCAGGAGGGAGAAUUUCUAUUACUCUGGAUUACGCAUGAAAUUUUAUCUACUUUAGUUCUGCAGCAUAGUAGGAAGUCACUUCACAAAAUAAUAUUUUAGAUACAUUUUCUGCUUUCUAUUCUAUGAGUAAAAUGGACUUUCCACCUGAACUUUACCAUAGAUGCUGAUUUGUUUAGCAUAUAUUUAUUGUUCCCCCAGGCCUUAAUAAUAGCACCUGUAUUGGAAGGGUUAGAGGUCAACUCAUAAAGCUGAAUCUCUCCCCCUUGUUAUUGAGGAAAGUUAUGCACCGGGCAACAAGCUAAUUUCUUUUAGACAGACAUCAAGUCGGAUCUGAGACGCUUGCUCUCUGUCUGGCUGCAGUUUGCCACCCCUCUUCAAGCAGUUGGCAGGAUUUCCUCAAUUGUUAGUAUCUUUAAAACUAAGCUGACUCCCACAGCAAUACUCACUUAAAAAUGGAGAAGGCAUCUGGAAAUCAUUCAAGGCACUUUUGAACAAGAGGCCUGACCUAUUUACUGUUCAGUUUCUAUGACAUGCACUGAUCCAAUGGUUAAUUAACUACCCCCUAACAGCUGUGUAACCUCCCCAUUUCCCUGACCUUCCUCCUAAAAUAAAGUACUUUAACUUGAGCCACAGAGGUCUCCCAUUACCUUCAUUUCCAUGAUUCCUGAUGUCCUCUCCUUAAGGUUGCCCUGUGUCCAUGCUUCUAGGUCCUGCCUUGCAUGAAAGUCUGACCGCCUCCUCUGGAAACCUUUUCUUAAAAGUCCCCACUUCUAAUCCAAACAUGAACAAAACUCUCUCUCUCUCUCUCUCUAUAUACACACACACACACACACACACACAUACAUAUACAUACACACACAUCUACCUCUCCCUCAUGUAUAAACAGAGCUGGCCUUCACUCAGCCCUCAAAUCAGGCCCUGGCUGCAGGUAUCAGACUUGGCAAUAACAUAAGAUGAAAUGCUCACACCUCUCCUGUCAUUCCCCACAUAGUUCUUAGCUAACAGACUCUGUUAUCAAAGCUCUAUAAAUCAAGGCAGAAGCUGAAUAUCUUGCAAGCCUGAAAUACUAAGUUAAUAGGUAGACUCAGUUUCCAGAAUAUACGCAGCAGGUUGGUCAUAAAAUGCUGAAGUGCCCUACUGUGCUGCAGACUGCAUUACUGUCAAGCCAGUUUUUUGUUUAGCCCACCUUCCAUAUGCCUUCCCAGGAUAGGGCUGCGGCAGAAAUCCAUAUAAACUAACCCCUCUAUCAUCCCACUCUGUAACACCACUCACUCGUGUUCCAAACAAUCAAGAGCUAUGGCUAUCACUUCAGACAGUCAACAGAAGUUUGCAUAUAACUUAGGUUUCAUAUGAAGUACCUUUUUUAAAAGCCAAUAAUUUCCAACCGCACUGUAAACAUAGAGGACUCUACAGACUCCCUUAGUUUGUAAGAACUUGAACAUGAAAGUUCACUAGAAUCAAAAAGCGCAAUUAAUGCUGCUAUUUUCAGCACCCAAGAUGAGAAAACAUGAAAAAAGCAAUAAAGCCUGUUUUUCCCUGGGAUGGAGGGAGAAGCUUCCUCAACCUUUGAAAACUUACAAUAAAAACUACUCUGCUUUGCAUGAAAGACA